UCCUUGUGUCUACACGAAUCUCUAUAAUGAGUUUUUCUCUGCAUAUUUGAAUCGUAAAUAUGAGGUUUAAGCUAGUUGGAUAACUCUCCUCAUCAGCAAAUUAACAUAAAUCGAGAUGGUUGAUUCCAUUCGGGUCGAAAGUUUUGAAUUAUUGGACGAUGUACCGUUCAUAUUGAAUAGUUUUGAAUUAUUGGAUGUUGGAUGGACAAUGUCCUAGUACUUGAGCUCAAUAAGUGAGGUGGGGAAGAAAGCAACUAAGGAGGAAAAGUACAAUAUACACGAAUGCAAUGGCACCUUGCAUGAAAACGAAGUGGAGCACCAAAACUGCUCCCAAUUAGCCUGAGAUUAGUACAUUAUUAAGCUACUAAUCACCAUCACAAAUUGAAUUGUUAAAAACUAGUCGACGGAUGUGGAAGAAAGGACGAAGGAAUAAAGAUAAUUGCUAAAUCUUAAACUGCCUUUUCCUGUCCAAUUGUCAUUUUCAUCCAGCUGCAACCCACACAAUUGCAAAAUAUAAUAAUACACAAAUUGACCAAAUAAAAAAACAAAGAAAGCAAGCUCCACUUAUGCAAUGCUUCAAUUUGCCUUGUUCCAAUUCCUAAUGCUAGUGAACUCUUUUUCAUUUAUGAUCAAAAUGUGUUCUUGUCAAGGUUUAACCCAAGAGUUGGAAUGUGAAAGAUCACUGGGAGGAACUUGAGCUCCUGAAUUCAUGGUUGAGGUACAAGAUGAUCAAUUACCAUAAUAACUUGGAUUGGUGUCCAUGAGACAGUACCGGGAAAGUCAGCGGUAUGGUAUUUUAUGGUAAAACCGUGGUUUAACCGUAGUUCAAUCGUUAGUACGGUAAGUACCGCCUACCAGUUUAGCCUCUGAUACUGAUAUUUCGUGGUUGAACCGCCGAUACCGUACGGUUUCAUGGACCAUUUGGUGGUUCAAUUUCUUUUUUUUUUUCACAUACUGUGAUUCAUAUUUUGCUCGAUUGGGCUGGGCUGGGCUAAUAUUCGUAACCAUCCAGUUGGGCUGCGAUGUGGAUCUUUUUGACAAAACAGAUCCAUAAGCAAUUUUGGACGUUUGGCCCAUCAGCUAUUUUAAAAAAGAAAGGUUUAUAAGAGGUUAUGGGUUCGAAGCGGGAAUUUUUUCGGUCGGAUCACUUUUCUUUGCGGGGUCCCAUUCUUCACUUUUCAAUUCAUUUUCCAGUUUCGCAAACCCUCUCAACCAAAUCUCCGAUCGACUCUUCCCUCACCUCGCCGCCGUCCUCCUCCCGCCUCCGUUGCCGCUGUUACUGCAAAACCCAGCCGUAUAACAAGGAACUGAGUGGAGAGAUGGAUCCAGAUUCAGUUAAAUCGACUCUGUCGAAUCUAGCUUUUGGGAAUGUAAUGGCGGCAGCAGCUCGCAAUUACCAAAAGGAAAUACUUAAGCAAGAGAAGGCUCAGCCUUCUGCGAACCAAGAGAUUGACCUGGAUGAAUUGAUGGACGAUCCAGAGCUAGAAAAACUACAUGCUGACAGGAUCGCAGCACUGAAGAGAGAAGCUGAGAAGCGUGAAUCCCUAAAGAGGCUAGGACAUGGAGAGUACAGGGAGAUAACUGAAGGGGAUUUCUUGAGCGAAGUUACGAAGGGCGAUAAAGUGAUCUGCCACUUCUAUCAUAAGGAGUUUUAUCGCUGCAAGAUCGUGGAUAAGCAUUUGAAGGCUCUUGCUCCGAAGCAUGUGGAUACCAAGUUUGUCAAGCUGGAUGCCGAGAAUGCUCCCUUUUUUGUUGCUAAGCUUGGGAUCAAAACUCUGCCUUGCGUCAUACUUUUCAGGAAAGGGAUUGCAGCAGAUAGACUGGUGGGAUUCCAAGAUCUUGGCGGUAAAGAUGAUUUCCCAACUACAAGGAUCGAGAACUACUUCAUAAAGAAAGGUAUCAUUAGUGAGAAGAAGAACUGUAACGAGGAUGAAGAGGAAGAGUAUGAUGAAAGCCGUCGCAGGACAGUGAGAUCGUCUUUGGAUGCUGAUUCCGAUUCGGAAUAAGAGAGAACUAUGCAGCGGAUCACUUCUUUCUGCUUCGUAAAAUGUAUUUCUUUGUUGUAAUGUUGAUAAGUGUUGAAGUUCUUUCCUUUUUAGAAUUUUGAGUCCAGCUUCUUAGCAGUAAAACCCUGCUUCCGGUGAUUCUGAUUGUGUUUCCUGCCUAGUUCAGCUGCUGCGAUUGUUGUUAUUCAGAGAUUCUAGUUUGUAUGGUUGACAGAGUGUAUGGCAUGUUUCAUAGUAGUGAAGUGCCUAGCUGGUACAGACACAUACAGAGACUGAAUUCAGUAUAUGUAUCAGUCUAGCUCGGUUUUAAUCGGGUUUGUUUCUCUUUGCUUUGUCAAAUCACGUCAGAUCGUGAACGUUGCAUGUAUUCUUUAUGGUUCGAUUCAAUCCACACGUCAAUAUAUUCCAAUUCAAAUG